AUGGCUCGUAUUCAAGAACUCGACCACCUUCAAAUUCCACUUGAAGACAUCAAGUUGGCCACCAACAACUUUUCGGAAGAUAAUUUCAUCGGUCUAGGUGGAUUCGGAAAGGUGUAUGAGGGCCAACUCCAUGUUUCCGACUUUGCAACAACCAGCUCCAUCUCCGGCAGGCCAGGCACCACCGUGGCUGUAAAACGGUUAGAUGUGCAGGGCGGGCAAGGAAAAAAUGAGUUCUUGAAUGAGAUAGUGAUGCUCGCUAGUUACAAGCACAAAAACCUGGCAUCCAUUGUUGGAUUCUGUGACGAAGGUGGAGAGAAGAUCAUUAUUUACAAGUAUGAGGCUCGUGGAAGCCUCGAUAAUUAUCUAGCUAAUGAUCAUCUUACAUGGGUGCAACGGCUUCAAAUUUGUCUUGGUGCUGCUCGUGGACUUAAUUAUCUACAUGCAGACGUGGGAGAGAGCCACCGGGUGCUCCACCGUGACAUUAAGAGCUCCAAUAUUUUGUUAAAUGAAAAUUGGGAAGCUAAAAUUUCUGAUUUCGGCUUGUCUAAAAUAGGCCCCACAAAUCAGAAUAUCACUUUUCUUGUAACAAAUGCUGCCGGCACAUUAGGUUAUGUUGAUCCACUUUACGUAUCGACUGGGGUUCUUACAAAAGAAUCUGACGUGUAUUCUUUUGGUGUGGUUCUCUUUGAAGUCUUAUGUGGAAGAUUAGCAAUGAAGAAUAUGUACGAGGACGAGCGUCGGUUCUUAUUUCACUUGGCUAAACUCCGUUAUGAAAAGGGAAAACUUGACGAAAUCAUUCUUCCCAGCAUACGGGAACAAAUGAAGCCAAAUUCGUUGCAAACAUUCUGCAAAAUUGCUUAUCAAUGUCUGAAAAAGAAACGCCAUGAUCGUCCAAAGAUGUUGUUGGUCAUCGAACAACUACAAAUCUCGUUGGAUUUUCAAAUUGGUUAUUUGAGAAUGACGGAGUUGUGCGGAUCGAACACAGGUGGAUAUUCAUGGUCGUUGCUCCUUGAUAACAAUCAUAAGCUAAGGAAGAUAACCAUAGAUCACUAUGAUUGUAUUUUUUCUGUUAGAUUUACAACCGAAGAUCUUAGUGGCUCGUUACAUUCUACUCAACGGUAUGGAGGUGACAAUGGCCUCAGCCCUGGCAAAAUUACCGAGGUUCACUUUGAUGCUGAUGAAGAAAUAACUGGGAUAAGAAUUGGAGUAACCAGUGAAAUUGGAGGACUUGUAUUGAUUGCAUCGAUCUAUAUUAUGACAAACAAAAAUGGGCAUGGGCCUUUUGGAAAAGAGCCAGUGAGCUUUUUUUCAGAAUUUUGGGAUGCAGGGUCGUUUGCGGGGUUUUAUGGUCGUGCUGGCCAUUUUUUGGAUGGUUUCGGUUGUUAUCUGAAGGCUACCAUGUGAAGGCCUUCAUUAAUUUGAAAUAACAGUCUAUAGUAUAAAAAUCUCAUUAAAUCCGAACCUACUAGUUUACAUCGAUGGUCUUCAAAUUUGAUGUUGUUGGCAUUCUAAUCUAGUGAACAUAUUAGGUUCAGACAUCUCACAUGUUUUAUUUAUGAUAACUGGACGCUAUCUAUACAUAUUUUGUUUUCUCAUAUACACUGUUGUGUAAUAUUCAGUGUGGUUAUCUGUUUGUAAAAGAAAAAUCAACACUAAUAUGCUUCAAAUCUGU